GACAACUACGUUUAUUUCGUGAUGGUGCUUUUUUCUUUUAUGAAAAUGCUAAUGUGAAUUAUUAAUAGAACAAACAGACUGUUUUCUUUAUAAUCGAGAUGUGAUUGUUUAUUUUUUUUUGUUUGUUCUUUUAAUUAUCAUAUAUCCUUGAUUUUAAAUUGUGAUAAUUCUAUUCAAACGAUAAAACGAUGCUGUUCUGUAUACAUAUAUAUAUUACGUUUCUAUUUUUUUUUCAGAUUGAUAGAAGAGAAAGAAAUUCGAAAAAAAUGUCAAAACAAAUCAUUAUUUAUGGAGGUAAACAUUUAUUGGUUAAAAAUUGAAAGAAGCCUUACUAUCGAAUACAUCGAAAUAAAAUUCUCAAAUAUAUACUUUUAUUCACCAUAGUUAAUGCCUCUAUUUUCUAAUUAUAGGUCGUGGAGCUUUAGGUGAUUGUUUAGUUAAAUAUUUCAAAGGCAAAAAUUUUAAAGUAACAUCAAUUGAUUUAAAAGAAAAUGAACAAGCGGAUGUCAAUAUCGCUCUUGGUGAUACUGAAAGUGUUGAAAAACAAGCUGAAUUGAUUAGCGAAAAAAUUCAAGCUUCAUUGAAUGGCGAAUCUGUUGAAGCAAUUUUAAAUGUUGCUGGUGGUUGGGCAGGAGGAAAAGCGAAUGAUAAAGAUUUUAUCAAAAAUUCUGAUUUAAUGUUGAAACAAAGUGUUCAUUCAACAUUAAUUGCUGCAUCAUUAGCUAGUAAAUUUCUCAAGGAAAAUGGUUUAUUAACACUUGCAGGUGCCGCAGCUGCUCUCAAUCCAACACCAGGUAUGAUUGGUUAUGGUGCAGCUAAAGCAGCUACAAUACAUAUUGGCAAAAGUCUUGCAGCAGCUGACAGUGGCAUGCCUAAAGGCUCUUCAGUACUUACAAUUGCACCGAUAAUGUUGGAUACACCAAUGAAUCGUAAAUUUAUGCCGAAAGCUGAUACAAGUACAUGGACACCACUUGAAUAUAUUGCUGAAUUAUUUUAUAAAUGGGUUAAUGAUCCAUCUUCACGUCCAGAUAAUGGAUCUGUUGUUAAAUUAACAACAACGAAUGCUAAUACUGAAUUAAGCUUUCAUUAA